UCUAUAUAACCACCCUACUCUCUACCUCUUCUCCCCAUAACGACAAACUCAUAACCCUUCUCCACUUAUAACUUCUGCUUCAAUCACCAAUGGCUCCUUCUUUCACUAACGUCAAAACCUUCUCUUCUCUCCUCCACCGAUUCUCCAACAGCAUCACCAGACGUGGGUACGCCAUGGCAUCACAAAACGCAACAAAGGGUGGAAGUGGAAUGGCCUCUAUGGCACCCAAGUCAGGGGAAGACAAAACUGUUUCUCCGUACAAGGUUUCGUGGGUGCCAGAUCCUGUCACUGGAUACUAUAAGCCCGAGAACAUCAACGAGAUUGACGUUGCCGAAUUACGGGCCAGGCUUCUUGGCAAAAAAUCCAACAACAACUAAUUCCAAUGGAUUAAACAAAUAUUAAUUAACGCCUUCACUAAGAUAAUUAACGAAUUUGGUUAUGUGGGGUUCAAGAUUUCAAUCGUGGCUUGGCUCUGUUUCUCUGCCUGAUGAAGAGAAGACCCUGAUUUAGUUUUAGCCUUUUAGGGUACGGUAGGAUGCAUUAGCAGCUAAUUGUAAUGUCUUAUAAUGUUCAUGAUUACAUGAAGGUUUUUGUUUUUUAAAUUGGUUUC